AGCAACACAUUGAUUAUCUUGUGUUACCGAAACCACUUAUUUGUGUAGAUUUAAACUAAGAAAAUAAAAGAUGAAGAACUGUUAUCUAAACAAGGACGUGAAAGGGUGGUUUGAAUGGUAUAGCAACACCAUUGUUCUCAUUUAUAUCAGUAGCAGCAGAUAAGCUUUCUUCAGUAGCAUCAAGUUACAUUCACUAGAAAGGCGUGAGCUAUAUACUCAGCAUACUGGAAUGAACGAAGGUUCAGUAAAAGUAAACUACUUCAAGCUAAUUAAAUAUUGAUAUAAAGAAAUUCAAAGCUUUGUGAAUAUGAGCUGUGCCAAAGGGCAAACAAAAUUUGUGACUUUUGCAGAAUGAAGCUUUUUAAUCAAUUGUGAUGUGGACAUGAGAUUGGGUAGUUCAUUUUUUACGAGAACUAAAUCUUAAAGUUUGUGAUAUCUUUUCUUUUAUUUAGUUUUUUCAGAGACAUUGUUUGAAAAUGUAGCAGAUUAUGAAAAGAUAAUGGAGCCAAAGCCAAACAAAGUGCCAUUGUCGUUAACUGACUCCGUUCAUUAUAAAACUGCUUUAAGAGCAAACAAGCUGGAGAGUAAUAGAUUUGGAAAACUGGCCAAAGUUAUUAGAUCAGACCGUCAACAUUCAUAUCAGCAACACGAGAGGGAAUGGAAAAACAUAUUUAAAUGGGCGUUGAAGAUCGGUAACUCAUCCGGUCACGCCGACUUGGAAAAGUAUCUUCAGAUAUUGGAGAAACAAAAUGAGGAAGAUGCAGUUCCAUCUUACUAUUUCAUGUAUGGAAUGAGGAUUGGGGAACGACCUCAACUCAUGAAAAACUUCCUCUGUAAACGACCAGCAACUCAACCAGGCAAAAGAAAUGAAAGAGGGAGAAAUGUUGUACAUGAAGAAACAAAUACACAAUCAUGUAGGCCAUGCAGACGACCAUCAACUGUACCAUCUGUCAUAUCCACUGACAGCUCGUGGACUUCAGAUCUCAAUAGCAAAGUGAAGCCAGCGGAAUAUAACCAGAUCAUGAUUGAUAAUAAAGUGGUGACGCAAGUACCCAUCGGGUACAAGAAAUCUUGUAAACGAAGCAGAAACUGGUAUUCAAACUGUUCCAGUGAAGCAAUGAAAAGGGAGAAUACAAGAAUACCAGAUUACUACACAUUGAAACAUAAGUACAUUUUACCUCCAGUUAAUAUGUUCAGAUAGUAAAUUGUGUAUGCCAAUGUCACGUUUAAAUAAUUAUACUAUCUACUACUGUAUAUAGACGUACUCGGACUCCAGCUCUUCUUAAUUAUACACAUUAUUUCAAUGUUUGUAAAUUGACAAUUUAAUAAAAUUUAUGCCAAACCCGAUUUCAGUCAUAAUUGGUAAAACAUAGACAUGCGUUAUGAA